CAUUCUGCAGUGCUGGUUCACACAAAUGGUGUCAUCCUCCUACAGAUUAUACUUCUCGACGAGGCCACCGCCUCCAUCGAUUCUGAAACGGACGUACAGAUUCAGCGGACCAUCCAAGAAGCUUUUAAGGACUGUACGGUCCUGACUAUUGCUCAUCGGAUAAAUACCAUCCACAACUGCGACCGUGUCUUGGUGAUGGAGAAGGGAAAGGUAGCUGAGUUUGGCAAACCGGAUGAACUAGUUCGGAAUCCCAAGUCUGCUUUCGCUUCGCUCUUGGCCGCCACCAGCAAAGCCUCGUCGUUGUAGCACAAAGAAAUGUUUACGGGUGUCUCCCUGUGGACUCUGGAAGAGGAAAGUUCUUCUCGCGCAAGACGAGGAGGGAGCAAAACCCUUGUUAAUAGGGAAAUCAUCUGGUCCUAUCAACAAGAGAUGUGCCACCAGCUUUAACAAAGGUCACAUCAACGGGGAGGCUCAGAAGCGUGGGAGAACACUGAUGUUGACAAUUAAAACAGAGAACUAAAUGAAGGAAGCAGGAAGGACGGUUCCAAUAUAUGUGAGUGGGGACUGCUGGUUUCAAAUCUUGCUCCAAAUUAGAAAAAUGAAGACUGCCACUACUUGUGUAAGGGACUCUUGUUAACACGAUGCACACUUGACAGAGCACAGCCACUUCUUCCGGGGACCGUUUUACACUCAAGGUGAGGCCCUUGUUACCUCCUCCAACAGAGACCACAGGCGCAUGAUGUGAGCCCAGCGUUCUGACGCCUGGAUGAUUCUCAAUUGACCAAACAGAAAUGAGUGAGAGCCAAUGAAGCCAGUUGGCUGUUGACUC